AGUAGUAAUGCCCGCCGCUGAUCCUCUCUUCAGCACAUCGCAGUUUGGUGUGUGGAAGACACUGCUGCUUCCCUCUUUUUCUGUUUCUGUGAACGUUGGAUAAAGUGAAAUAUUUGACUCGCAAGCCGAUCUGAAUCCUCUCUGGGACUCAUUGAGCCCGCGCUUGCAAUCUGUGAAGCUCGGAAUGGAUUUUGAGUCAUUUAGAAAAGUGGUUUAAUAAGUGGUCAGGGUUUGGAUCCUUCUUGUUUUCUCACACUCACUUUCUUCAUUCACUGGUUUGCACCAGUGAUCAUCCAGGCAUGGGCAUGCAUGCAGGUACAGGUACGGCGUUUUUCCUCUACCUUGUGCUGAAUUUCUUCAGCAUUCAUGCUCUUUCCAGAGAGAGCUCGAGCUUCUGCAGGAGCCUCCGCAGCUCGAGCCGGGGCGCGCGCAGAGAAGGGCACAACGAGUACCGACUCCGGGUGGAAGGAGAUCCCGAAACAUAUCAGCCUGGCAGCACUUACAGAGUGAGUUUACACGCCUCCAGUCCGUCUUAUUUCCGAGGUUUCACUCUGAUUGCUCUGAAGGAAGGAAGAGAAGGAAGCAGCCACGAUGAUUAUGCUGGCAAUUUCGAGAUCAUAGAUAAAGAAGACUCUCAGUUCAUGACCAACUGCCCACCUGCCGUCACAGAGAGCGUUCCCCGGAGACGCACGCGGAUCCAGGUGUUCUGGACGGCGCCCCCUUCAGGCAGCGGCUGCGUGAUACUCAAGGCGAGCGUGGUACAGCGGAAGAUAAUAUUCUUCCAGGAUGAGGGCUCUCUCACCAGGAGGCUGUGCGAGAAAGAUCCUCUCAGAACCACAGAGAAGCCUCUGCAGGAGUGCUGCGCGUGUGGAACGGCCAAGUACCGGCUCACCUUCUACGGGAACUGGAGUGAGAAAGUGCAUCCCAAAGAUUAUCCCCGGCGAGCCAAUCACUGGUCAGCUCUGAUUGGCGCCUCUCACACCAGGAAUUACGUGCUGUGGGAAUACGGAGGAUAUGCCAGCGAAGGUGUGCGCCAGGUGGCCGAGUUCGGCUCGCCUGUCAAAAUGGAGGAGGAAAUCCGUCAGAAGGGUGAUGAUGUCAUGACCGUGAUCAAGACGAAAGCUCAGUGGCCGGCCUGGCAGCCUCUCAAUAUUCGUACUGCUCCCUCUGCUGAGUUCUCAGUGGACCGAUCCCGUCACCUCAUGUCCUUUUUGACCAUGCUCGGCCCGAGUCCUGACUGGAACGUUGGACUGAGCGCUGAGGAUCUGUGCACGGCUGAGUGCGGCUGGGUGCAGAGACUCACUAAAGACCUGCUGCCGUGGGACGCAGGGACAGACAGCGGACACAGCUACGAGUCCCCCAACAAACCAACAGUCCCUCAGGAGCGGAUUCGGCCCCUCACCAGCCUCGAUCACCCACAGAGCCCCUUCUACGACCCUUCAGGAGGCCCGAUAACACCCCUGGCCCGAGUUCUGGUGGAGAGGAUAGCCAGGAAGGGAGAGCAGUGCAACACGGUUCCUGACACAGUGGACGAUAUCGUGGCCGACAUAGCCCAGGAGGAGACUGAGGAGGGAGACAGCACUCCGGAGACGUGUAUCUACUCGAACUGGUCUCCGUGGUCGGCGUGCAGCUCAUCCACGUGUGCGAAGGGUGUACGCAUGAGGCAGAGGAUGCUGAAGGCUCAGCUUGACGCCGGUGUGCCGUGCCCUCACACGCAGGACUUCGAGCCCUGUAUGGCACCCGGCUGUAGCGAAGAGGAGGCGUCGCCGUGCAUGCUGUCCGAGUGGAUCAGCUGGUCUCCGUGCAGCGCAACGUGCGGGAUGGGCAUGAGAUCCAGAGAGCGCUACAUUAAAGUCUUUCCCGAGGAUGGCUCAAGCUGCAGGGAGCCCACGGAGGAAACGGAGAAGUGUGUUGUCAACGAUGACUGCUCCCCCAGUAGCUGUAUCAUGACAGAAUGGGCCGACUGGGAACCGUGCAGUGUGAGCUGCGGAGUAGGGAGGAAGAUGAGGACGAGGAUGAUGAAGAUGCCCGCGUCUGAUGGCUCACACUGCCAACCCAAGCUGGAGGAUUAUGAGAAGUGCAUGAUGCCUGAGUGCAAUGCCUUGUCUUGUAUGGUAUCAGAGUGGUCAGACUGGGGUCACUGCAGUGUGUCGUGUGGGGUGGGAAUUCAUGUGCGGCGGCGCAUGUUGAAGACUCCAGCGCUGCCCGGCCAAUGUACAGAACAGCUGGAGCAAGCAGAGAAGUGCAUGAUGCCCGAGUGCCCUGUGGACUGUAUGCUGUCUGAGUGGACCGAGUGGUCCGAGUGUAACAAGUCCUGUGGGAAGGGUCACAUGAUCCGCACUCGCAUGGUGAAGUUAGAGCCGGAGUUCGGCGGUAUCCCGUGUCCUGAAACCGUGCAGAGGAAGAAAUGUAAGAUCAGGAAGUGCACACGGGGCCCACGGGCCAGCGAGCGCAAGAAAGCCAAGCAAGACGCCACAGAGAGGCGGAGAGAUAAAGCAGGACGGGAGUCUGUCAGGAUAAAUGAGGAGAUACCAGUUUGCAAAUUAGGCCCGUGGUCCAGCUGGACGGACUGUACCAAGCAGUGCGGCGGGGGUGUCCAGGAGCGUGUGAGGCCUGUGAGGAAGAAAGGCAAAGGCAAAUGCAGGCCCAUCAGAGAGAACCGCAUGUGCAAUGAGCAGCCCUGCUAAAGAACUCUACAUUUCUUAUACACAGACACGAGUACAAACACAAACACACACAAACAGAGGCAUGGAGUGUGAGGUCUUUCUGGACUGGUUAGAUGGUGUCUAGAGAUUUUAGAAUAGUACACACAUGGUUAGAGAAGACCACACAGAUGUCUGUGACUAGUUUUAGUUGCCUUUUCAGCAGCUAUAUGUAUUACUAUUUAACCAAUCAACUUCACAGUCAUACACUAAAAAACAGAGCUUGGCUUUCUUUACUGAAUAUUAUCAGUCAUUUUGGUUUUGGUUUUGUUUUGUUUUUAUUACACUACUUCCGAACCCUGUCUCAGUUUACAUUUACUGUACAGUUGAUAUUAAAGUGUGCUUUUCACACAGUAAAUCACCAUUUGCCCAUUUACGCAGACAGCAUUGCAGUGCUGAAAGGGCUAAAUUCUCAUCUUAAUCCUGAUUAGGUCUAGCCUAAAUAUUGUGUGAUUUAACCCUCUAAACUCCCAGGACACUUCGAUGGGUCCAGACUUGAAGUCCUUGCUCUUGUAACUUCACGCCUGUCCUAUUAUUUAAACUGUACUAAAUAAUUCAUAGUAGUAAUUUGUUAAAUACAAGGAAGGAACAAAAUACUUGGGGUGUGCUGUUAUAGGAAAAUAAUCAACGACAUGAAGCAGAGUUACUGUUACCACCCUGAAGUUGAUUAUUUUACUAUAACAGCAACAACUCCAAAGUGUUUUAUUCCUCUUAUACCACAGCAACCUGCCAACAACUUUUUUUUUACCUUUUUUUGUACUCCGUUUAUAGUUACGGUUAAUGUUGCCAAACAAGUUAGUUCCUGUUGUCACUUAUGUUAUAACAGCUAUAAACAGUCAUUCUUUCACCAGCUUCUUUUUUUCUCUCUCUAAGUAAAUAAGACAAAAAAACACAGCUUGUCAGAUUACUGAGAAAGUCCUCCAUCCUGAAGACUUUCCUGUGGCGGAAAACGUACUGUUAAAAAGCACUGACACCGGAGACUCCUUCCAAACACGCUAAAUAAAAAUCUCCUCAUAGAAAACUUCACAUAAACAGAUUCUUUUUUAAAAACAGUGUUUAAUUCUUGAUGUGGUGGUGUAUACAUGAUACAAGUCCCUGUGAAUUCGCUGCUACUGUAGAGAUGAUAAUCUUUUAUAGCGAGUACAUUCAUUUAAACCUGUGAUUUGCCUUGCAGCCUUCUGCCCAAUCAGAGUAGAGAAUUUAACAGUGCUGUGGUAUAAAAUAUAACUACUAUGAAUUCAUUUAGUCAUUCAUUUAUCUUCAGUAAAUGCUUUAUCCUGGUCAGGGUCACAGUGGAUCCAGAGCCUAUCUUGAGAAAACUAGGCUCAAGGUGGGAGAAUUCACCUCAGAUGGGAUUCUAGUCCUUGGCAGGGCGCCAUAUACACACACUCAUCCAAACACUCAUUUGGACUACGCAUAAUAUGCUUUAAAAUGAAUAAAGGGGUUAAGCCUCGUCCCAAAUGGUGCACUAAGCUUUGUGUUCCACCUCCAAGGCUGUUUAAUGUCAUCGAUCAAGAAAUUGUGGAUCAGUUGUGCGUUAAUCCUCAAAUCCUUGGGGGUGCAGCAUUUCAUUCCGUUCCUUCACCAAAACAGAAAUUGCAAUUAUAUCUGAUGUACACAGUAUCUCCAUUUCAAAAGACAUGAUGAAUGAAAUAUUUAAUUAGAGAUUUUUUUUUGUUGUAUAUUUGUUGUAUAUUUGGGUAUAAUAGACUGCUGUUACAUCAGUAUUGAUAUAGUCUUGGCCAAAUGGUGCGUUUAGGGCUCAUAUAGCCACUCAGGAGCACCAAAUGGACCAUCAAAAUAAGAAAUGUCAAUGAAAUUAAUGAUAAGACACCCAUUUGAAUAUCUUUGUCUUCAUCAGUGUUGGUGUAUGUUGCUCUGUGCUCUCAAAAUACUCAUGUGCCAUGAUUCGUCCGAACCAAUACCACAAAGCAUUGAUAUAGUCUUCACCCUAAAUGGCCCAUUCAGGGCACAUAUAGCCGCUUAGGAGCACCCUUUAACCCCCGAAAUGAGAAAUGACAAGUAAAACUGAUGAUGAGACACUUUAAGACCCAUUUUUGUAUCUUCGUCUUCAUCGGCGUUGAUGUACGUUGCUCUUUGCUCUAGACAAACACUUCAGCCAGCAUUGGUCCCAACCAAUACCCCCACAAGGUUUUGGGUAAUAGACCACUGUUAAGUCAGUAUUAAUAUAGGUUUCACCAUAGGGCGCAUUUAGGAGCACCAUUUGACCCCCAAAAUAAGAACUGUUGGCCACUGACAAGUUAAACUGCUGAUACGAAACACUGUAAGACCCAUUACUAUUUCUUUGACUUCAUCAGUGUUGGUGAAGGUUGCUCUGUCUUCUCAAAAAACUUAUCCACCAUGCUUGGUCCCAACCAGUACCCCACAGGGUUUUGGGUAAUAGACCACUGUUAAGUCAUUAUUGAUUUAGGUUUCACCAAAUGAUGCAUUUAGGGCACAUAUAGCCACUUAGGAGCACCCUUUGACCCCCAAAAUUAGAAAUGUUGGCCACUGGCAAGUUAUAUUCAUGAUUCAUGACACUUUAAUACCCAUUUGUAUAUCUUUGUCUUCGUCAGUAUUUUCUGACUCUGAACAAACCUGUACACCGUGAUUGGCCAUAGUUAAUAUAAACAUAAAGGUUAUGGGAAACUGUUGCAUUAGCAAUAAUGCAGUUUUCUCCCAGAGGGCACACAUGCUCCAAAUGAGGACCAAAAGACCACCAGUGCACCAUUUGGGACAGUCUGAGAAUAAUCUUAUCCUGUAGCAUCAUCUCUGCCAAAUAUGGACCAAUCUGAAAUCAGUGGCUUUCAGUCAAGUUGAUUUUUAUUUCAGUUCCAUUCCCAGUACAACAGAGUUUCCACAGUCAUGAUGUAGUUUCAGUAGAAUGGCAAGCGCAGCACUAUGCUCUUCUUGGUCAAGGACAUCAGGCAGGAUUUGCAUUUCAAUCAAGUCCCCCCUCCCCCCCCACAGUCACUUGUCCCAUCCCUGCCUCUAAUUCGAGGUGAGUGCCACCACAUCAAGCCUUCUCUAUUGAGCACUAUCAAGGUGGGUCACCCACAAUCAAUGACCAAUCGAUUUGGACAGCAACCAUCUGCUGAGGAGGGAUCGAUUUUCUCCUGUCACUACAAAGCAGUUUCGUCAUAGCGUCUCAAAGAUUCACAGCUGACAAAAUGGGUUUUUUUUUCUUAUUUUGUGGUUACAUGUGCAAAGGAAAACUCAUAUAAUAACACUUGGAAGGUUCAGAAUGAUACUGCUGAACAGAAAGCACAGGUAAGAACAACCAUUCCACGACAUGUGUAAAAAAAUGUUAAUUUUAGCCUGAAAAUAGCUAUGUUGUGACCUUUUUAAUCCUCUGUAAUCCAUGUAGAGGCACAGUAACUCAGCUGUAGAAAGUAGCGUGCAGUAUUAAUUUUAGACACUUUAUAACUUUUGCUGUGGAAUUUUGAUAUACUCAACACCCAGGACUUGCCAAGGUCAUGUGUAGGUCUCUCUCUCAAUCUCUCUGUCAGUUUUUUUUCUCUCCUCUACAAUAUAUUACUAUUUUGGAAUAAAUCACCUUUACAAUAAAAGUAAAUGUGACAAAA